AUGUGGAACUGGAACUUGGAUUUUGGAAUAGACCUUUCUCCGAUUUUUCCAACCGAAGGUUUUCCGUUAAAUGUGGAGUUUAUCCAGUAUAAUGUGUUGGAUGUAUUACCAUAUGAAGAUUCGUCUUUCGAUUUUGUUCACGAAAAAUUCAUGGUCAGUGCUUUUACGGAAGAACAAUGGAAAAAGAAUGUUAUCCCAGAAAUAAUAAGAUUAACUCGACCAGAUGGAUGGGUCGAGCUCUUAGAACGCGAUACUUUCAUUAUAUCUGAUGGGAAUGCGACAACUAGAAUUGCAAAAGCUUUCAAAGAUUUCAUGAGGUCGAGGGGAAUGAACUCUAUAAUUGGUAAAAAAGGUGGUAAAACUGGGCAAGAGCGUAUCGGACAGUAUGAAUAUAAUGCCGAACAUUUCGAUGCUCUGAUAGAAACAAUCUCUAUUGAGGCAGAAAAAACUACUUCUUAUUUUAAUCAAUAUCUAAUUUGUGGUCAUAAGAAGAUUUGA